AAGGUUUUGAAGAAAACCCUCACAGCCCUCAAAACACUAAACACCCCCCCCCCCAAUCCUUUUAUUUUCUUCACUUUUUUCCCCUGAAAACAUCAUUUCCCCAAAGAGCUCUAGGGAUUGCCCUGGGACAUAAAUCAUUUUCAUAACUAGGAGCAAGCAGAGCACCGGCUCGCUGGGGCUGGGUCAGGGGAUGCAGAAGCCGUCCCCUUGCAGAGCAUCCUUCGAAGGCAGCGACACUGCUCCCCCCUCCUCUCACCAAAACCCCCACCCUGGGAGCAUUUUGAUCCCCAAAAGGAUGAAUUCACUAAGGCAUCUUUCUCUUCAUCGUAAAAGCUCGGGGGUGAUUUGCCAGCAAGGGAGCAUCGGGAGGGGCAAAGGAGGAGGCUGAGGUUUUUGGCUGUGACCCCAUGGAUCUGUGGGGAAGGGUGACCGGAGCAAGAGGGAGAAGCCAGCAGCCAGAAAACCCAGGGGAGCCAAGAAACGACCGAAGGGCGUAAACUCCUGCCAGGGAUCUCCAAUCAGGCCCCGGGAGGCUUGGCUGCCUGCCGUAUAAAUGCAAAGCCGGGAGGGUGGGAAACCAGCGUGCCUCUGGGCAGGGAGAGGAAGAGGAGGAUGAGUGCCGGGGUGCUCCCUGCAAGGAGGCAGAGAGCACCCAGCAGCACCCCAGCAGGGAUGAGCUGGACCCCGACGGUAGCCCAGCAGACCAUGCCCAUCUCCUCCAGGCCCCGGACAUCCUUCCUCAUCCAAGACAUCCUCUGGGAUGGGGCAGAGAGGGGAGCGUGGCCGGAGCGGGGCGAGAACGGAGAGUUUGGCAGCCCGGAGGACGGGGAGCCGGGGGAUCCCCCAGGAGCAUCCCCAGCCCAAACCCGAGGGACACCCCACGAGGCGGACGCAGAUACCACGGCAGAGACCUACCUGUCAGACUGUGACCCCCCGCUGCGACCCCUGCCCAUCGCCCAGCACCCCCCCAAGCAGGCGAAGCGCUCGCGGGCGGCAUUCUCCCACACCCAAGUCAUCGAACUGGAGCGGAAAUUCAGCCACCAAAAAUACCUGUCAGCCCCCGAGCGAGCCCACCUGGCCAAAAACCUGCAGCUCACCGAGACGCAGGUGAAAAUCUGGUUCCAGAACAGGAGGUAUAAAACCAAGAGGAAACAGGUCGCCUCCGAAAUCAGCAGACUGGACACGCGUCUGGCCGGGCAGAAAGCGGCCGAGAUGCCCGGAGCAUCGCUGCUCGCGCUGCGGGGCGGCUGGCAGUACCUGCCUUGCCUCUAUUACUUGAACGGCUGGAGUCCCUCCUGGUGGUAACCACUUUUUUAAGCGGAAAGCAUCCUUUUCUCUUAAUUUUUUUUUUUUUUUUUAAUACUGCGUCGCUCUUUCUAGUGCUAAUUAGGGGAAGGAGACCCCAUUUGUAGUAACAAUCAGCAUCUUCUAGUUGCCGCACGAGCUCUCUUGUCGCUAACAGUAAAAAAACAAACAAACGAAAAAGCCAAAAAAGCCCAAGAUAUUAAAAGCGUGUAAUUCAGCAUGCUUAAUAGCACUGCUCUGGGGUCAAUCUGCAGCCGUAAAAUAUUGCAGGCUCUUUCGGGGGCAGAAAGGGAUGGUCCAGCCCCAGAGACAGCGAUCUCCCCUCUCUGCCCCUCCUAAAUCACUUG